AUGGCCACUCGCUAUUCCCGCCAAUUCCUGAAGCCCUUGUUAUAUACCUCCGCUGCUGCAGUGGCAGGAGCCGGCAUUCUCUAUAUCACAUAUCGCCCUCGUGAAAUCCCUGGCUAUGGAGGUCCAGCUGUCCCUCCCCCGGGCUAUCGCGAAGGAAAGCUCGUACCUCCAAGCUUCCCCUUAAUCAAACCCCGAAACGAGCAGGUUGAGGAUCUGAAACGCCACUCGGAAAGUGGGAGUGAUACAUACGAUAUUCUGGUCAUCGGGGGCGGUGCGACAGGCUCCGGAAUCGCUCUUGAUGCGGCCACUCGGGGCCUGAAGGUUGCUCUCAUCGAGAGGGAUGAUUUUAGCUCCGGAACCAGUAGCAAAAGUACCAAGCUUGUCCAUGGUGGUGUUCGGUAUCUUGAGAAGGCAGUAUGGGAGCUGGACUACAAUCAGUAUAAACUUGUCAAGGAGGCCCUGAGGGAGCGGUCUUAUUUUUUGAAAACCGCACCCCAUCUUUCUCAGUGGCUUCCAAUCAUGGUCCCUGUGUCAAAGUGGUGGAAGGCUCCUUACUUCUGGGCUGGUACGAAGUUCUAUGACUUUUUGGCCGGCUCUGAGGGGAUAGAGAGUUCAUAUUUCCUUCCACGGAGCAAGGCGAUAGAGGCAUUUCCUAUGUUGAACAAGGAUAACUUGUUUGGAGCUAUGGUCUAUUAUGAUGGUGCACAUAAUGAUUCCCGCAUGAAUGUAUCAUUGGCCAUGACGGCCGCAUUAUACGGAGCGACGGUUGUCAACCACAUGGAGGUCACUGGGUUGACCAAGGACGCUUUAGGGAAGUUGAAUGGAGCCCGUGUAAAGGAUAGUAUUCCACCCAAGGAUGGACAGGAGGCAAAGGAGCUUACGAUCCGGGCCAAAGGGGUCAUCAACGCGACUGGUCCUUUCACGGAUUCUAUCAGGAAGAUGGAUGAUCCCAACAUCAAGGAGAUUGUAGCACCAAGCUCGGGCGUUCACAUUAUUCUUCCGGGAUUUUACAGCCCGUCUAACAUGGGCCUCAUUGAUCCGUCAACUUCAGACGGGCGUGUUAUCUUCUUCCUUCCAUGGCAAGGGAACACAAUUGCAGGGACCACUGAUGAGCCUACAGAGAUCACAACCCUGCCCAAGCCAUCUGAAAAGGACAUCAACUGGAUUCUCUCUGAGGUUCGUGGAUAUUUUGCUCCAGAUAUCUAUGUGGACCGGAAAGAUGUGCUCGCGGCUUGGUGUGGAAUCCGUCCCCUGGUACGAGAUCCCAAAGUGAAAAGCUCGGAAGCUCUGGUUCGCAACCACCUCAUCUCAGUCUCGCCAUCAGGACUACUGACCUGUGCCGGAGGCAAAUGGACUACUUAUCGGCAGAUGGCUGAGGAGGCAGUGGACGAGGCUGUUAGGGCAUUUGGUCUUCAAACACGGCCUUUGACUGAUGUCCCAGACAUUAGCGGUGUUGGCGGUAGUGGGUUAGCUUCAGAUGGCGCAGUUCUCGAUGGUAGCUGCCAAACUCACCAGGUCCACUUGAUCGGCUCCCAUGGCUACUCCAAGACGCUCUUCAUUAACCUCAUUCAACACUUUGGCCUUGAGACGGAUGUCGCACAGCAUCUUACGGAGUCUUAUGGCGACCGUUCCUGGCAGGUUGCGGCCUUAUCAUCUCCCACGGAUGUCCGUUUCCCAGUUCGAGGCAAGCGUCUAUCAGAGCUUUACCCGUUCGUUGAUGGCGAAAUCCGCUAUGCGAUUCGUCAUGAAUAUGCGCAGACUGCGGUGGAUGCUAUCGCCAGAAGAACUCGCUUGGCAUUCUUGAACGCCGAGGCAGCACUAGAAGCUUUACCUAGGGUGAUUGAUUUGAUGGCAAGGGAGUUGAAAUGGGACAGUAAAAGACAGGAGCUUGAAUGGAAGGAGUCGAUGGAAUUUCUUGCAUCGAUGGGCCUUUCUGAGAAUCUUCUCAGGCUGUCCAGACAGGACGUCGAAAAUGGAAUGGUCAGAGAUCUAGAUAUCUCGCAGUACAAGACCUUUGCAAGAAUUGAUGAGCCUGCGGACAUGCUUCAGGCUGAUGCUUCCAUGAAAGCCACUCCGGGGUAA